CGGGGUGCUGAACGGCUGCGGUUGCUGGGCUCGGUCUGACGUUGCUGUCACACUCGUCCGGUCCCCAGUGGUCAAGUGGUCCACCGUGAUCGUCGUCUCUGCGCAGUCGGACAGUGAGCGUGUAUCUGCCGGGCCGGAGGGGGAAGGGAGGCGGAAGGUUCUGAACUCCCAAGGUCUUCAGUCGACAGCUCACAGUGAAGAAAAAUCCAGCAGAAAUGAGUUCAGAGGUCAGAAACUGAGGCAGGUGGACCGAGUGAGAGCCAAUCAGAGAGGAGAGCCUCAGCAUCAAGAUGAGCCAAGAGACUUCAGAGACACGAACCCGAACCCGCUCCAAAGGCAUCCGGGCGCCGUCAGAUCUUGUGGGACAAGAGAUGAAGCCGGAGUUCAGCAGCAGCUGUCCUACCCCUGGAUGUGACGGCAAAGGCCACGUCAGUGGAAGAUACUCCCGACACAGAAGUGCGCUUGGAUGCCCCAUUGUGAAGAAGAGGAAGCUGGAGGAGGCUGAAGCCGAGGAGAACCAGUCUGCUCCCAAGAGGAGGAACCAGCCGGCCAAACAGGCAGCCGAUGAAGGCUUCUCCGCAGACAGCGAUGCAGCAGAAGAGGAGGAAGAGGAGGAGGAAGAGCCCAAAGAGAAGAAGCAAGAACAAACAAAAACAGAAGGCUCAGUGGUGACAACCGAGGACACAGAAACAAAGGUUUGUCCUCCGGCUGAAGACUGCAAGAACAAAAGGGUCGCCUCAGAGACUGAGAAUGAAACUGAAAGUGAGGAAACGAGUGAGGAAGUGAAGCUGGAAACACUCACUGAGGAUUAUCAGCAGGAGGAAACAGGGCUGAAGGAGGAGGAGCACGAAGUAAAUCCGUUGGUGACAAAGGACCAGCCAGCAAAGCAACCUGAAGAAGAACCUUUGGUUACUGAGCUUAAAGAGACAAAAGAGGAGGAAGAGGAGGAGGAAGAAGAAGAAAAAGAAGAGGAAGAGCUUCAAGAGAAUAUUGUAGAGAGACAGAUGAUGAGCCAGGAAAACUCUGAUCACCAGUACUCCAGUGGAGAUUACAACCAUCAGGCCAAAGAAUCAACUGAGCAGCAGAGUAAGAGGGAGGAACAGGAGGAGGAGGAGGAGGAAGAGGAGCAAGAAGAAGAAGAAGAGGAGGAGGAGGAAGAGGAGGAGGAAGAGGUGAGGGAGGUCCAUCAAGAGGUGGACACUCCUUACACUUUGAGUCCACACACUCAGGGAUCUGAAGCAGAGGUGUCACUCAGGGAAGAAAAGGUCAUGACUGAGGAAGAGGGGGAAGAAGAAGAACAGGAGGAGGAAAGAGAGGAAGAGGAGGACGAGCAGCAGGGGAAGGAAGCAGGUGAGGUGGUGGAGGAGGAAGAGGAGGACCGAGACUCCAGCAAAGCCUCUCCAACCACAGUGGUUAUAGAAGUCCGCUCUGAGGAGGAUGAUGAUGAGGACGAAGAUGAGGAGGAGGAAGAGGAGGACGAAGAGGAGGAGGAGGAGGAGGAGGAAGGAGAGGAGCAGGAUCGUGUCUCAGAGGGCUCAGGAAUCACGGACGACUCAGAGAACUGGGAUAUGACUCGGGGGAACCUGGGGCUCCUGGAGCAGGCCAUCGCCCUGAAGGCGGAGGAGGUGAAGGGGGGUCAGGAGGCCCGCAGCUCCCCGGACUACCACCCAUACAGCACCUCCAGCCGGGGCUCCGAGCCUUCCACUGCUGCCGCCGCCCGCCGCAUCGGCCACUACAGCAAAGAGAAGAAGGAAGUCAAGUGUCCGACCCCGGGCUGUGAUGGGACAGGUCAUGUGACUGGGCUGUACCCUCACCACCGCAGUCUGUCUGGAUGUCCUCACAAAGACAGAAUCCCUCCAGAGAUUUUGGCCAUGCACGAGAACGUCCUGAAGUGUCCGACUCCUGGCUGCACAGGCCAAGGCCACGUCAACAGCAACCGCAACACACACCGCAGUCUGUCCGGCUGCCCCAUCGCAGCAGCAGCUAAGCUGAACAAGACCCAGGACAAGCAGGUUCUUUUACAGGCUUCACCCAGCGAAGCCUCUUCCAACUCUGACCGAGUGCUCAGGCCCAUGUGUUUUGUCAAACAGCUGGAGAUCCCUCAGUAUGGCAGCUUCCGCCCCAACACGGUGACCACCACACCUCGGGCCAACCUGGCCAAGGAGCUGGAGAAGUACUCCAAGGUGUCUUUUGACUAUGCAAGCUUUGACGUCCAGGUGUUUGGAAAACGUAUGCUCAUUCCAAAGACCCCCAGCAGCACUGAAACAUCACCCAAAGCCUUCAAACCUAAAUCAUUCCCCAAGGCCUCCUCUCCCAGUCACAGUGUGUCAGGAGGCUUUUCCAAGAGCGCCUCGUCCUCCAGUGGUUAUGACUACAGCCAAGAUGCAGAGGCAGCCCACAUGGCAGCAACAGCCAUCCUCAACCUGUCCACCCGCUGCUGGGAGAGACCAGAGACCCUCAGCAACAAGCCUCGGGACCCCUGCACCGAGGAGUCUGACAUCGAAGUGGAUGAGAACGGCACCUUGGACCUCAGCAUGAAGAAGACUAAGAGGGAGGGCAUGCAGCCUCCAGAGCCUUCAUCCUCCUCGUCUUCAUCCUCUCAACACAUCGGGGCCCCCUUGUCUCAGGACCACACUCAGCCAGAGUGGGAGGGCCCGCUGGACUUCACCAAACCAAGUGGAGUCAAAGAGGAAGACCACGAAGAGGUGGAGUACACGGCUCCCUCGUACACCUCUUCUGACGGUGAGGAAGAGGACCAGGAGAACCUGGAGGACAGGAAGUACCCCGGUGAGGUCACCACAUCCAGCUUCAAGGUCAAAUUUCAGCCCAAAGACAGCAAAAAAGAGGUUCUUGUAUGUCCCACCCCCGGCUGUGACGGCAGCGGACACAUCACUGGCAACUACGCAUCACAUCGAAGGUGUCCGACUCCUGGCUGCGAUGGAUCGGGCCACAUCACCGGAAACUACGCUUCACACAGAAGUCUGUCAGGAUGCCCUCGAGCCAAGAAAGGGGGCGUCAAAUUAACCCCCACCAAGGAUGACAAGGAAGACUCCGAACUGUUGAGGUGUCCGGUUCCUGGCUGUGACAGUCUGGGCCACAUCAGUGGGAAGUACGCCACCCACCGCAGUGCCUACGGCUGUCCGCUGGCAGCACGCCGGCAGAAGGAAGGGCUCCUUAAUGGAACUCCCUUCUCCUGGAAGGCCUUCAAGACUGAAGGCCCGACCUGCCCGACACCAGGCUGUGACGGCUCCGGACACGCUAACGGCAGUUUCCUGACGCACCGCAGCCUGUCAGGUUGUCCCAGAGCGUCGGCCAAUAAGAAAAGAGCCAAGUUCCCCGGAGACGAGUACAUUACUGCAAAGUUCAGAGCCAGUGACGUUCUGGACAACGACGAGGACAUCAAGCAGCUCAACACUGAGAUCAACGAGCUGCACGAGUCCAACUCAGAGAUGGAGGCCGACAUGAUGAACCUGCACUCUCAGAUCUCUUCGAUGGAGAAGAACCUGCAGAGCAUGGAGGAGGAGAACAAACAGAUCGAGGAGAGGAACGAGGCCUUGUUCCUGGAGCUCUCCGGCCUGAGUCAGGCCCUGAUUCGCAGCCUGGCCAAUAUCCGCCUGCCCACCAUGCAGGAGCCGCUGUCCGAGCAGAACUUUGACAGCUACGUAGAAACCCUGACCCACAUGUUUACCAAUAAAGACUGCUACCAGAACCCUGAGAACCGGGCUCUGCUCGAGUCCAUCAACCAGGCGGUGAAGGGCAUCGAGGUGUGACAGACGGGAGCAGGGCGCCGCAGUGACCACACCAGUCUUUCUUUCAGAAACCUUUAGAUCCAGUCUGUACUUCAUUCUUCUUAUUUGGAACUUUGUCCUCUGUUCUUUGCAUGUUGCUUUAUGGCGGUGUGAGCGUGGGCGCAUCCCGCUGUGGAUGUAACGUCUGCAGGUACAGCGGCCAAGCUGAGCACAUUCCCUUAGUUAGUGAACACAUCGAUAAUGUUGAUAGUAUCUGUAUGAGCAUCGUGAUGUUGCACCUCCAGGACUAGUUUGUAGAUUCAUUCUUACUAUUGCUGUGUAACUAUUUAAGUCCUCUGCAAAUGUUGGUUUAAUAACUUAUUUAUUCAUGUCUGCUGUAUUCUUUUUUUUAUUUUAUUAUCAUUAUCUAUUUAUUGUGUUUGUUUCUUAUUUCAAAAUGCUACCUGAGAAGAUUUUAAACGGUGACCAAGAGAAGGGAAUCAUUUCCUCAGCAUUGCAGAACAAAGAGGAAAUAUUUUAAGAUAUCAACCAUGAAUUGUUUUAUAAAUCUUAUUAUUUAUUUAAAAUACUGGGAUCUUUUUAAGUGCAAAUAUUUUGUAACUGAAAGUUUUUUAAUAAUUUUCUAAAAAUUUUUGUUGGUGUUUCUGUUUAUAUGAUUUUCCUUUUUAUUGUCACAAACUAUUUUGAGUACAUUGCAAUACACUGGGAAUAUCGAGCUGCACAUAUUUGGUAUUUAUUUGGUGAUGAAGAACAAAGUGAUGGUGAAUAUUUAUUUUGUA